AAGUAAAUCAUAGCAGGCGGAUGGAUGAGUUCCUAUCAGGCAGAAGGGAGAACGCUCACAUUCACACCAUCAACAGAACACCACACAGCACUUCCAUUGGUAUGGACGAGGCUGAAAAGGGCAAUCUGAAGAAAGCAAAAGUGAACAUAUCAGAGAUGACCUGGGAGCAAAAAGAGAGAGUUCUGAGACUGGUCUUUGCUAAAAUGAAUAACCUGAAAUCAAAGAAACCAAUUCAUGCUCCAGCUCUGACGGAGUCUGAUGGGAACCAGUGUAGCAGCAGUCCAGGGAAUGAAGAGAAGGAAUCCCAUGCAAGCUUUUUAACCCAAGCACCAGUUUCCAGUAUGAGCUCCAGUGUGCCAGACCUGUAGAUCAUCUGACCUCAUCACAGAUAAGAGAGCUAAAUAAUGUCAAAGUAUAAGUUAAAUAUUGCAUAUCAGCUAUGAAAUACCUGGAAGUGUUCAUGAAUGUCUAAACUACAAAUUAUAAGAA